AUGGAUGAGAAACACGGCCUCUUCGAUGAGGAGGCUCCGCGGCCGGCCCGUCGAGGUCCGUCCACGAGGAAGAAGCUCGCCGUGGGCGGCAUCCUUUUGCUCCUCGUUUCCUACAUGCUCUUGGGACAGAAGAUGAAAUCAUGCGGCCAUCGGUCCAGGAAGCCUUGGGGUGCGCCCGUUACAGUUGAGAAGAGGGCUCACAACAUCUUGUCCCACACCCCUUUGAUCGACGGGCACAACGACCUCCCUAUCCUUGUGCGAGGACUUUUUGGAAACCGCAUCUAUGACAAGAAGUUUACCGAGCCCUUUGAGAACGGUGGCAUGCCCUAUCAUGUCGACAUCCCGAGACUUCGCAAGGGUCAGAACGGCGGUGCCUUUUGGAGUGUCUAUACUCCAUGCCCCAAGAACGGCAGCGACUUUUCGGAUGAGAACUACGCCGAGAGCGUUCAGUGGACUCUGGACCAGAUCGAUGUCAUGACCCGGCUCAAGGAAGCCUAUCCCAAGGACUUCUCCCCCAACGUGGACAGCGACACCGCCUUGGCCGCAUUUGCCAAAGGCCAGUUGAUAUCGCCCCUUGGCGUUGAAGGUCUUCACCAGAUUGGCAACCGCGUCGCCAACCUCCGCCGAUACCAUGCGCUUGGUGUUCGCUACUCGACCCUCACGCACAACUGCCACAACAAGUUUGCCGAUGCCGCACUUCUCGAGAGCCCCUUCCGCAAGGCGGAGCCACUCUGGAACGGCCUCAGCCCCUUGGGUCGCGAACUCAUCCACGAGAUGAACCGGAUCGGCCUGAUUGUCGAUCUCUCCCACACUAGCGAGGACACCCAGCGCGACGUCCUCGGCGGCAAGGGCUGGGAGGGCAGCAAAGCACCUGUCAUCUACUCCCACAGCUCUGCCUUCAGCGUCUGCCCGCACCCUCGCAACGUCAAGGACGACGUUCUCGAGCUGGUCAAGGAGCGUAACGGUGUCGUGAUGGUCAACUUUGCUCCUGACUUCAUCUCUUGCGUCGACACAGGCAAGGAGAACGGAGUGCCUGAGUUGUAUCCCGCCAACGUCACACUCCACCAGGUCGUUCGACACGUCCUCCACAUUGGUAACCUGAUCGGUUUCGAGCACGUUGGUUUCGGCUCUGACUUUGAUGGAAUCGGAUCGGUGCCCGAGGGGCUGGAGGAUGUUUCCAAGUACCCGGACCUAGUUGCCGAGUUGCUCAGGCAGGGUCUCAGUGACGAAGAUGCCGCCAACGUCGUGGGCGGAAACGUCCUCCGUGUCUGGAAGGAAGUCGAGGCUGUUGCCGCAAAGCUGCAGAAGGAUGGCCAGCCUGUCUUCGAGGAUGAGCUCCCCAAAAUCGAAAUGUGA